AAAACUAUUGGGCGAUUGCUUCGCUAUAUAACUUCCUUUUCACAUAAUUGACUUGGGUCUUGAGGUACCUUUCACCAAAUUCCUGUCCUUAAUUUGAGAAACACAAGAAAUAGGGAUAGAGCCAGAAAGAGAUAGGUGAAGGAUCAAGCUGAGUGUGAUUAAUAAGGGAGAGAGAUCGAUGUUUCCUUCGGCCACUUCCAGUACUACUGCAGUGAAGAUGAACCAGCAAAUAGGUUUGGUGGAAAACCCUAUAAUCAGCAGCUUCAAUUUCCAGACUUCACUUCUUCCUUUAAGCUCUUCUCCCUACGCUAUGGUUGGAGGAGGAGGAGGAGGAGGAGGGGGAGAUCUUGUUCCCACACAUGGAGACGACGAUGGUCAUCACUUUAUUAGGCCAUCAAACAAUAUUGAUUUAUGGUCACCAGAUAGAGCAUCGAAGGAAGUUGGAGCAGUGCAGAUUAAUCAUGGUAGCAUGAUCAGUAGCAAGAAUAAUGGUAAGCCGGAUGGUGGGCUGGGGGUCGGUUCGAUGUCGAUGAGGACGAUGAUGAAGAAGAAGGUCAAGGGGGCGAGGAGGAAGAUGAGGGAGCCGAGGUUUUGCUUCAAGACGAUGAGCGAGGUAGAUGUGUUAGAUGAUGGCUACAAGUGGAGGAAAUAUGGCCAGAAGGUUGUCAAGAACACACAACAUCCAAGGAGCUACUAUAGAUGCACCCAGGAGAACUGCCGGGUGAAGAAGCGGAUCGAACGGUUGGCGGAGGACCCGCGGAUGGUGAUCACGACGUACGAAGGCCGACACGUGCAUUCUCCGUCGCACGACGAGGAGGAUUCACAAGCUCCGUCCAAAGUCAGUACUCUCUUUUGGUAGCGCCACUCAACUGAAGACCGCCGCCGUCGUCGUCGUUAAUUACUCACAUAAUUAAACUUGUGCGCGCGUCUGUAAUGCACUACCUUAAUUAUCUCAGUUUGCGAUUAAACUUCGAAUAAUUAUUAUUCUAAAUUAAGAUUUACGACUUAGUUUAAUUAA